CUUUGUAGUGACGUGACUAAAUUCAACCAAGUGUUGGUUGACACUGAAGAACUUCCCUUUUCUGUAAAAAUGAAUCUGUAAUCCAAGUAAAUCCCCAUUCUAAUAUAAAAAACCUCAAACCCUAACAAUUUACACCACUCCACCACCUCUCGAUCUAUUUUCAUCAUAAAUAAUUAUUUUUACAGCCGGUGUAGGUAGGUAUGUUCGUUCUUACCGCAGAAGCCGCCGCUGCAGCCGCCAUGUCACUGUCAGACCAUAGCUCUCGAACUGCGAGCCCGAUUCGUCCUUCAUCUGUUGUCCAUGACAAUGAGUUUCCUGAACCUUCUGAUAAUGUUGUGGAUGUGAUCGAUUUGGAUGAUGAUGAGGAGGAUGACAAUGAGAUUAACAUAUUCUUAAGGGUCAAAAGUUCCGUCCCCUUCAAAGUAAAGAAAACUGACAAAAUCAAGACCCUUAAGAAGCAUUUCACCAAAGAAGGAGUUUCAGAAAAUCUCGUGAAUGUCAUGCAUUACGGCAAAUGUCUGAAUACCGAACUGACAUUCGAGGAAUGCAACAUUCAGGACAACUUCAUGAUCACUCUUGUUCAGGACACCAUGUCUGUUCUUGCCAGAAAACUAUACAUCAGAAUACCUUCAAACAAACAUCGAGAUAUUGAAGUCGAAGUAAACGUCAACGACACAAUCUUCCUUAUCAAAUCCUUAAUUGUGAAGAAAUUUGAAGGUGAUCCACACAGUUAUACUCUCAUGUACAAAGGUAAACACCUCGAUUCUUACGAAACUCUAGCUAGUCUUGGAAUUAAGUGUCCUACAACUAUGUUACUGAUCGAAAAACCACAAGAACUUGUUUGGAUCUGCGUUUACACCCCUUCGAACAAGAUCUAUACCCUGCAAGUUAGGAAGCUUCAUACUGUUAGUUAUAUCAAGGCUAUAAUUGGUAAUUUGAUUGGUUUCCAGAUCGGGCAAGGUGGUUUGAUGUAUGGUGGGGAACGAUUGGAUGAGUUAAAGACGUUAGAAUUCUACAGUGUUAAAGAUUACGCUCCUAUGCAUUUGGUGUUCCCUUAUCAAGUGUAUGUGAAACUGUGGAAAGGGAGAACUAUCACGCUUGAUGUUAUGUCUUCGGAUGAUGUUAAUGAUAUUAAUCGGAAGGUCUAUGCAAAGUUGCAGGAUCCUGUGUGUAGCCACCGUAUUACCUUCGAGGGGAAAAGCCUUGUUAAUGGCUAUGGUAUUUGGAGUUAUGGUGUUAAGUUGGGAUCUACCCUCAAAAUGGGUCGUCCUGACUGUUAAUGUUGUCGUAAAACUAUCUGAGUGGAGGAAGUAUUUUCGGAUAUCAGAUAUGUGCUUGCAAAUACAUAUCAUAGCAAAAGACAAAAUAGGAAAAAGGACAAAAAAAAAAUUAAAUGGUACUUUUUAAAACAAAAAUGGUAUUUUUUUUACAGAAUGGUACUAUAUUUUACAGAAUGGUACUUUUUUUUUUACAGAAUGGUACUUCCUAUUUUGUCUUUUAGCUGAUAUGUGUGUUUCCACACAUAUCUGAUAUGUGAAAAAACAACCUCGUUUAAGU